ACAUCCUUUAAUUAUGUGUUCUGGACGGUGUUGUAAAUCCUACGGCAUAUUUACAGUGACCUUGCUGUUUAUUGUCGCUAUUUUACUAUUUGUAAUUAUACCAGUUACCUUCAUGUUUAGUGCAAGCAUACAAAAGAGCAUAGUGUUUCCCACAUACUUAAUAGAUGCGAAGAAUUACUCAGAUUUCGAAAAGUAUGGCAUUACAGGAGUGCGAAACAUGUACAUUGAUGUUUCGUAUCCCCAUUCUGAAAAUGUUACUCUUGGCGUCUGGCAAAUUUUGCCCAUGGAAAUCGUCAGCGAUAUUGUGAAAAAUGAGGAAUAUAAUUUCGAUGGGGUCCUGUCGAAUGAAAAGUACAAUAUUUUAUUGUAUCUGCAUGGAAAUGGCUCAGACCGAACCAAUUCGAUCAAUCUCUACGAACUGUUAAGAGAGUUUUUUCAUAUAUUUGCAGUGGAUUAUAGAGGAUAUGGGGAUUCUACAGGAUUCAACCUAACAGACACCAACAUAGUAAACGACAUGGCAUUCAUCUACAAGUGGCUUCGGGAGAGAAGUCGAGCGAAGAUCUUCGUUUGGGGACACUCGCUGGGCACCGGCGUGGCCACGCAUUUAAUAUCCGAUCUUAAAAAGAGCAAUGAAAGUGUCGCCGGUUUAGUGUUGGAGGCACCUUUUACUUCGGUUGUGGACGUUAUGAAGACUUCUCCUUUAAUUAAGUUCUACUCAUUUCUGCCCUGGCUUCACACAACAAUCUUAAACCCAAUAAUAAAACGGGAUAUCAACUUCGACUCGAAAACUUACAUCACAAAUGUGGACUGUCCCAUAAUGAUUUUGCAUGCAGAGGACGAUGAAGCGAUUCCGUUCAGUAUUGCAACCGAGCUGUAUUAUACUGCAGUGAAUCACCGAAACUUCACUUACCAGGGCAAUGUAACUUACCACUUAUACUCCCCAAAUGGUUAUGGGCACAUGUGUCUCUACUUAGAAACCGAUUUGCCGCAUCAAAUAGAUGUGUUCGUUGAUCAAUGCCUGGAAUUCGCUAAGGACAGAUUAAGCGAACGGAGUUAAGCUCACAUUUUUAUAUUUUUAUUUCAAGUACACUGUAAAAUUUACAACGUAAAAUUAAAGCAGAUACACUGUUUCUCAAAUAUAAAUAUCGAACAUAAAA